CAAUGUGUAAGUGUGUGCCAGCUGGAAUGCCAGCUGGACACAACUGAAAUUUCUGUUAGUAACAGCUGUAUACAGCUGUCAAGUUUGUUAGAGUCAGUUAUCUUUCUGUUAGAGGAAGUUACUGUUCAGUUAGCUUGUUCAACAAGCCACUGCAUCCUAUAUAAGGAUUCAAUCUCUCAUUGUACAAUUCAGUUUUAUCAUAGUGAAAUAUUCAGAUGCAAAUUCUUUUUCUUUUCUCUGAUUCUUCUAUCAUGGUAUCAAGAGCCUAAGAUCCAUGGCUAUGGAUUCUUCAUCACCUUCUAUGCCUUCUUCUUCUUCCUCAAGCUCUCUCUCUCAAGCUUUCUCGCACAAGCUCAGCAUCAAACUUGAUGAUUCCAAUUUCUAUUCAUGGAAACAACAAGUGGAAGGAGUCAUCAGAUCACACAAACUUCAGAAAUUUGUGCAAGAUCCACCGAUGAUUCCUGAGAAAUUCUUGACUGAAGAAGACAAAAUCACAGAAAAUGUGAAUCCUCUGUUUGCAGAUUGGGAGCAAUCAGGAUUCUCUUCUCUUUACCUGGCUUCUUUCUACUCUUUCGCCUGCAAUUCUUCCAAAUGUGAUUCAAUGUGUGCAUUCCUAUCAAGUUUGGGAAGAAAUCCACUCGUUUUUCAAUGCCAAAUCAAGAGCUCAGUCAACACAGUUGCGGAAUGAACUGAAGAACAUCACAAAAGGUACAAAAACUGCUUCUGAAUUUCUGCAACGAAUCAAGACGAUUGUGAAUACUCUUGCUUCGAUUGGAGAACCUGUUACCUUUCGUGAUCAUCUAGAAGCAAUUUUUGAUGGACUCUCUGAAGAAUACAGUGCUUUGAUGACGGUUAUCUACAACCAAACAACCUACUUCACGAUCUCAGAAGUGGAAGCUAUGGUGAUUUCGCAUGAAGCGCGAUUCGACAGGAUGAGGAAGAAACAACUCGCAGACACUACUCCUGCGGUGUUUCUUGCACAGGCGCAGAAUUCACCUUCUUCUUCCACUGCUCCGGCGCCGCCGCCGCCACAAGCUAUGUGGACUCAGCCCGCUCCGGCACCAUCGUCAACGAUGGCGCAACCUCCUGCUACCAGUGUCGCUCCCUCUCAGCCAGUCGAUACUGCGGUUGACUCAGGAUAUGGAAAUCGCGAUGAACAAAAUCGCAAUUCUGGUGGUUAUGGCAGAGGGCGUGGUCGCGGGAGAGGACGCAAUGUCCAAUGCACCUACUGCAGUAAAUGGGGCCAUGACGCUGCAUCUUGUUGGUCGCGUCCCUCAGGAGUUAGUUCCAAUGCUAAUUCCAGUGCUAAUUCUGCACAAUCUGGGAAUUCUGGUUCCAAUUUCUCUGUUCCUGGAGUCAAUUUAGGGUUUUCCCCAAUGCAAUUUGGGGGUUUUCCCUCUAUGGCCAAUUUUGGGUUUCCACCUUAUGCUCCAUACAAUUCAAUGCUUCCUCAGUAUGGUUCUAGUGUUCUUUCACCGUCUAGCAUGCCUCCAUGGUCACCUUGGUGUAUUCCACCAACUCCUUAUUCACAUGCUACUGAUAUGCAAGGUAUGCAAGCUGCUGGCAUGUCCUUUGUUCGACCUUGGCUUCCUCAGGGGCAGUUUCCAGCACCUACUGCUCAAACUCCUCAGUUUCCUAGACCACCACAGCAGCAGGUCUCUACUGGAAUGCAUCCUCAAGCUAUGUUAGCUACUGUUCCUGCACACCACUCUUCACCUGUGACUUGGUGCCCUGAUUCUGGAGCUACACACCAUGUGACUAAUAAUCCAGGCAUUUUUGUGGAUCAUGUUCCAUCUUCAUCACAAGAACAGCUUUUGGUGGGCAAUGGUCAGGGACUGCCAAUUCAGUCUAUAGGACACUUAUGAACUUCUUCUUACUGGUACUGUUGGAGAUGAUGGUCUAUAUUACUUUGAUGGACCACUCACCAAGGCCAGCUCACAACCACAGUCUUCUUCUCCUUUGUCUUCUAUCCAGGCUUGCUUAGCUU